AUGCAGCAUCAUACAGCACACAAGCCAAAGCCUACUGGCUUCCCUUGGAUGUCAAACCCGUUACUACUACAUUCAUCAAGGGAAGAUAAGUGUAAAUUGACACCGGCACAAUGUGAAUUUCGAAGUGGCUACUGGGUAUAUUGGUAUACAUCCGAUCUUGUUUACGCGAGAGCCGCAGUUUACUUCAUGUGUGCAGUCAUCUCUGUAUUCAUGUUAGCAUAUAUUUCUCGAAGAUUUACUUCCCGGAGUUUCGUCGACAAGUUCUUACGAAAGCCCGAGAGUUUCGUGAGGUAUUGUGUUUAUAGGGGGUUCCGCGUACCGUUCCUGGCCUGCCUGUCACCAAAUGUUGGUAGAAUGCUAGUCAUUUCUGCCGGAAUUUUCUUCCUUUCAGGGCCAAAGCCAUACUACUGGCCAAACACCAAAGAAGUUGUUUUUGGUGGCAGUCCGCCACUUGCUACCAGGGCAGGAUGGAUCGCUCUAGGGCUUCUUCCCUUUACAAUAGCUCUUGCAUCUAAAGCGAAUUUCAUUGCGGUGUUAACUGGGACAUCACACGAAAAACUUCAAGUCUUCCAUCAAUGGACAAGCUGGGCUAUGUUCGUUUUAGGACUGGUUCAUAUGUGCCCAUUCAUCAUUUACCAUAUUCAACGUGGGGAUAUGCAAUAUAAGUGGAAAACGUCUAUGCAUUACUGGACAGGAGUUGUCACGAUUAUAGUGCAGGCCUUUUUAACAUGGUUUUCGUUGCCAAUUAUACGUAGGAGACGGUUUUAUGAAUUUUUCAAAGCCACCCAUCUUUUUGCAGCUAUGGUUUAUGUUAUCUUCCUUUUUAUACAUUGUGAUUUCCGCCUCAGUUCAUGGGAUUAUUUUAUUGCAACGGCUGCGGUCUACCUUCCCUGCCUUAUAUUUGUUCAAAUUCGGACUUUUUUCAUCAACCGACCUUGUCUCGCGACAGUUGACGUCCUUCCUUGUGGUUUAAUCCGCAUUACAACAACUUCCUCGAUUUCAUGGAAACCAGGACAGCAUAUGUUUCUCCGACUUCUCGGUCUAGGGGCUCACUGCCUAACAACACAUCCGUUUACAAUUGCUUCGUUACCCCAAGCAGAGUCCUCGAAUAAGACGAAUGAAAUGACCGUCUAUGCCAAGCCUUACGAAGGGCUAACCAAAUCGCUUUCAAAUGCUGCCAGAGAUGUUUCUUCCCUUAAUUUAAGAGUUUUGGUUGAAGGGCCCUAUGGUGGUAUAAGUUCCGGGUCAAUGGCAAGGUUUGACUCCAUUCUCAUCAUUACUGGUGGAUCUGGAGCUGCAUUCUCAUUUCCAGUCGUGGAGGACGUCUUAAGGAGCUGCGCGGCCGCGGAUUCUGCCGACCAGGUUAAGGGGAAAACACUCAACAUUAUUUAUGCAGCCCGCUCUUCGCUAAUGGCCCAGUGGUACGAAGAAAAAAUCAGGGCGUUGGUUUCUUGUUACCCUUCAAGCUCAAUUGUUUCAGUCUCAAUACAUACCACAUCGAUCAGCAGCCCUCUACAGAACAAUAUUAGUAUGGCAAAAGAAUAUGCGCCUAGCGGGAUGGAUCAAAUUUUCAAUGGAGAGAAGGGUUCAAUUAUACAUGAGCACGGCCGGCCAUGCCUGGCCAGUGCUGUGGCUUCUCUGGCGGAGCAGGCCGCCGGAAAAUCGGCUGGAAUCGUCGUUUGUGGCCCACCUUCCAUGCUCCACGAUAUUCGUAAUGCAGCGGCAGAAGCACAGAGGAAAGUAUUAGCUGGAGACGUUAAAGAGCUAUACUUGCACACAGAAUGUUUCUCGUAA